AUGUUUUCAGAAGAGAAGAAUAUCAGAGUGGUGGAUGGGAAGACAGAGAGAAUUACUGAAGAUCGUGAGGGGAUAUUCGCCUUCCUCAAGAACAAUGGAAUGGGGAAACAUGUUUUAGUUGACGAAGUUCCUCUAACAUUAGGAAUCCAAGGUCACAUGGAUGAACGAAGUAUAGAAAAGCACUGGGAAGAGGUUUUCCUUCUCAAGGAUCACGUGAAGAGUCUUACAUUAUCGAUCCGUCCAAACGACUCCACGUACACCAGAGAUGUAAAUCUCCAAAACAUAAGAAUCGCAGGCGUCGCCAUGGACGUCCUGACCGUCGUCAAGAGAAACACGCGAUUCGUCUCGGAUUUGUUCUUGGCUCUUGGAAACUACUCCCGCCGAGUUUUUGUCGUCCUGGAACCAACUAUUCAGGACAUGGAAUUCGAGAGAUCGGAGAAAGAAUUGCUGCCAAUCCUGUUCCCCAUCCCCUCAUGCUCGACCGUGCAUAAUUCAUGCCAAAACAAAUUGACCUGCGAAGCCAUCAGAUCCUCCAAGGCCAUACUCACACUCAUGGAGUGUAACACAAUCGCUCUAGGAAAGAUUGUAUACGUAGUCGUGGAUAACAGAGAAAGACGAGAUCGUCUGGCGAACAUCCUGCCACGUGUGUGCAGCAAGAUCGUGCCAAGUGUUAAAUUCAUUGACUCGUCCGGAAAAUUACGUGAAAAGGAAGCUACCUCUUCCUUAAUAGUUGUUACCGACGACCAGAUUCGCGGAUACCACGAUGACAGCAUCAUCAUCUUGGACCUUUCGGGGUACAAAUGGAGAAUUCCGAAACGACUUCAAAGGCUCCAAAGGCUCAAAGCCACAUCUUUCACGGUAGAUGUAUUCCCCGGGGAAGGCAGAGCAUUGUCACCAGAGCGACCUCUUCUGAUCCUUUCAUACAUUUCUUUGAGGAUUGCUGUUCUCGGGGGCGUCCUUUCGUCAUUGAGACCCAGAGAAGAGAAGAAUAUCAGAGUGGUGGAUGGGAAGACAGAGGGAAUUACUGAAGAUCGUGAGGGGAUAUUCGCCUUCCUCAAGAACAAUGGAAUGGGGAAACAUGUUUUAGUUGACGAAGUUCCUCUAACAUUAGGAAUCCAAGGUCACAUGGAUGAACAAAGUAUAGAAAAGCACUGGGAAGAGGUUUUCCUUCUCAAGGAUCACGUGAAGAGCCUUACAUUAUCGAUCCGUCCAAACGACUCCACGUACACCAGAGAUGUAAAUCUCCAAAACAUAAGAAUCGCAGGCGUCGCCAUGGACGUCCUUACCGUCGUCAAGAGAAACACGCGAUUCGUCUCGGAUUUGUUCUUGGCUCUUGGAAACUACUCCCGCCGAAUUUUUGUCGGCCUGGAACCAACUAUUCAGGACAUGGCUAAUAGUACAGAGGACGAGAUCGAAAACUGGAAGGAAGUUCUGAAUGAGUUGAAGAGAGAGGAUCAGAAACUCACCUUGACCGUCGUCUUCCAAUCCCAUUCGAGAGGCGGACGAGAGAUCUCCAUGAAGGAUCUAGCUUCGUUUUUCCAGACACAGGGAGUGCAAGUGAUAAAACACCCCGGAUUUAAGCCCAUCGGCAACACGAGCAACUUGCUCCUCAGGCAUCUCUGCAUGAACGAGACGCGCACGCGAUUGCGACUGGAAGUGAACGUGCUUCCUACUGCGUCCCGCACUGGCGCCUUGGUUCACGGCUUCAAGCCCAGGCACGUCACUUUGAAAUACAACUGCCCCGGUCAACAUCUGGGUAAAAUGUGCUUCGGACAGAAAUAUUGUAUGCCGUAUUUAGGUGCCUUUCGAUGCUUUCGUUACACUCUGUCGCAAAAGAUAAGUGGAGAACAAAUUUACGUGCUGGCCUCAGACCGGAAACUCAUAUCUUUCCUGAUGUGGUUUGAUAAACGCCAUGCGAGAGUUGCUGAAAACAUGCUACUAGUGUUUGUUCACCCUGAAGACUUUCGAGGAUGCGAAUCCAGUGUUUCCAUCGUCAUUAAUGUUGAUGAUCACUGGCUACUGGAAAGCAUUUCAAGAUCCCGGACGAAUCUGUUCGUCAUCGACUGCUUACCGCAUCAUCGGGAAGUUUGGUCCGCCAUGAAGGAAGAGGGCCGUCUUGAUAUUCUGGAAAUGCGCGAAGAUGACGAAUGUAUUGACGAAGAAAUUCUUUUCAAGUUGAACGCUUGCGGAAACUUUCUCGGAGUGAGCCCAAGAUUCGUUACACGAGAGGAAUGGGAGGCCCGACGGCCGAAAUCCACUACAGAUAUGAAAACCCCAGUUCCUUUCGUCGUGAUAUCUCAUACUGCAACUCUCCCGUGCUUCAACAUCAACGAUUCCAUCCGUAUGGUGAAGGAAAUCCAGGACGAGCACAUGGACACGAAUAAAUGGGAUGACAUUGCAUACAGGCAAGGCAUCGUGGGAGUUUACAAUUAA